CCCCAGUGUUUGCAUGAUUGUAUGGCUUUCAUACAUUCGCCGUUCCGGGUAUCGGAGUGUCCCAAACGGUUCUUGGAUGGUACCCGCGUUCCAGCAGGCUUCAGGCGGCUUCCAAGAGGAUCUCAAUAUGCAUCCCGAAGCAAUUCCAGGCUCACGGCUGUCUGGCCGAAGCAAGCGAGCUUGUCUCUGUAACCUUUCUUUACAUUCUCGCUUCGUCCUGCAGGAUGACAGUACUGAGCGCGCCCAGCGUGUUGCGCUUGUUGGCACUUGUCUACGCCGUGCCCGCAGCGAUGUCUAUCUGGGCAGGCUCCGCGAAGGACACGCCUGCCCACGCACCGGUACCAAACGCCAGCCCCAACUUCCGCACCGACGCCAGUACAAACGCCAGCGUUUUGAACAUCAAUUUUCAAAUUGAAUCGACGACUGUGCCUUCUGGCUGGCUUCCGGAUUACGGGGACGUGUAUGGUUCACGGGGUAACGGGUACACUUAUGGAUGGCUUUGUGGCAACAGUGCGGCAUACACGAUUAGCGGGGUGUAUCGCACAACAUCAGGAAGGAAUCGCGCAGUGAGUGGUUAUAAUGAUUUGCAGAGCACAUUGGUGGUUCCUGACCGCAAUUCGAAUUGUGCAGGCGAGCAAUGGAACAUCGCGGUCUAAUGGAGACUAUUUGGUUGAAGUUGUGAUACAGGAUCCCGCAUACUACAGUGACACGUACGGUUGCAGAUUGGAAGGGCAGCCGCUAGGUCUCGGGGGUGUUCCUGCCGGAGCAGGAGCAAGCAAGACUCUCGCCGUUUCUGUCAGCGAUGGGCUCUUGACAUUUAGUGGAAGUUGGGCCAAUGGGUGUUCAGUAAUCAACCGUCUCAUUAUCCAGCAGGCGGCGACACCAGCUCCGACGCCUGCACCAACGGCCUACCCCACCCCUUUCCCGACGCCCUUCCCAACGCCCGACCCGACGCCCUUCCCGACGCCGCAUCCGACGCCCUACCCGACGGCGUUCCCAACGGCGUUCCCGACGCCGUUCCCGACGCCCUUCCCGACGCCUUAUCCGACGCCAUACCCGACGCCUUUCCCAACGGCGUUCCCGACGGCGUUCCCGACGCCCUUCCCGACGCCUUACCCGACGCCCUACCCGACGCCCUUCCCGACGACUUACCCGACGGCGUUCCCGACGGCGUUCCCGACUCCCUAUCCGACUGCGUUCCCGACGCCCCACCCAACGGCGUUCCCGACGGCAUUCCCGACGGCGUUCCCGACGCCCCACCCGACGCCCGUCCCGACGCCCAGCCCGACGCUCAGCCCGACGCCCAGCCCGACGUAUCCUCCAGGUUGGCCAACACCACAUCCGACGUUCCUUUCUUCAGGUGCUCAGGCGGCUGGGGCUGGCUCAAGCGUGGCUGCCACUGGCGACCCCCACCUUCAGAAUGUGUAUGGCGAGCGGUUUGAUUUGAUGAAGCCAGGGCUGCAUAUUCUGAUAAACAUCCCUCGUGGAGAGCGCGAUGAAAAAGUAUUGCUUCGCGUGGAGGCCGAUGCGCGCCGAUUGGGUAGGCAGUGUGCGGAAAUCUAUUUCCAAGCCUUGAACGUGACCGGGUAUUGGGCAAAUGUUAAGCAAGCCGGAGGGUAUCAUUACAGCGCGUCGCUGAGUCGGGCCGAGGUUCCAGAGUGGGUUGCUUUCAAUGAUGUCGAGUUGAAGGUGGUUCGCGGGCAUACGCACAGCGGCUUGGCGUAUCUCAACGUGUUCGUGAAGCACUUAGGGCGCGCAGGGUUUCCUGUCGGAGGGCUUCUGGGAGAAGACGACCACGAGUACGUUACCACCCCUCCAGACGGAUGUGCGAAGCGUACGGAGCUCCUCGAGUCUUUUCAAUUGCAUGGGCUUGUGGGCUCUGCAUCAUCUGCUGCUUCCUUCGCUUGAUGGUGUUGCCAGUCCUCUGCUAUGAAACUGAGAGCGCGAGCGAGCUCGGCGCUAAGCCGGAGGCACACACGUGACGAUGACACUAUGUUCGCAACCUCCUCGUCGCGCUCAGUUGUGGCUCCAGUUGUGCCCCGCUUGCUGGUGGGUAGAGUAGGCGCCGCGCAGCCGAUCCGGACUGAUCAUCGCAGCUGUGGAAAAGUGUUGCAAUGUGGAUGGUGUGGGCGUUGGUUGGUGUGACCUGCUCGGCCCCCGCGCGUGCGCGCCGCUCCGUCCUGCCAUCCCCAGGGCUUCUGGGCGGCCUCCCGGGGGCUCAUUUGAGGCCUCCCGGGGCCUCCUGGGGGGCGCCUUCGGCCGGGGGGCCUGUGGGCGGCCUCCGGGGGGGUUCUCUGAGGCCUCUUGGGGCCUUCUGGGGGGCGCCUUCGGCCGUCCGCGGCGCGCGACAACCGGGCGGCGGGUGGUCUGCCCCGCUCGUCUGCCGCGCGGGUCCGCCGCGUCGCGCUGCCCGCCC